CUUCGGGCUGUCACACGCUCUAGCUGGGAAACUUGUCCUGCUCCUGAUACAACUUGUUCCUUCCCCAUCAAGUCAACAAGGCCCUAAAGUCUCCGGAAGUGGGAACCACUGAGCUGGAGCCUUCGCAGUGCCUCUGCCAAGCCCUGGGACUUGGGAAACCACUUCUGCUUUCUGGCCUCCGUUUCUCCAUCUGCGUAGGGACCACAGAACUCCCAAGACUCUGUCUCUCCUCCGCGUGCAACACUUGGACACGGUGGAAAGGAGGCUGUUUGCACCACGUCGAGGCCGGCGAGGUGGGCGCGGGCGAUCGCCUAGGCCUGGCGGGCGGAGGCCGGGCCGGGAGUCCCCGAGCUGCCCCCGCUCGCCGCCAGCCGCCAGCCGCCUCCUGGCCCUCCCCCGGCUCCGGGCGGGGCCGCUCCCCCGCCGCCCCUUUAUCUGCGCGCUCGCUGCCGGGACUUGCAGGGCCUCCUCUCCCAGCUCCGCUCCGCCAGCCGCCACCCGCAGGGGACAGAAGCCAGUCAAGUUUGCCUAAUAUUCAGGCCCUGGAAACCUGGUCUCAGUCCAGCUUUGCCCGUUUUGCUGUGUGGUCUUGGCUCCCUGUCCGGCCCACAGACAUGGCCACCAUGGUGGCCCAGAAGCUCAGCCACCUUCUGCCCAGUUUGCGGCAGUUCCACCAGGAGCCUCAGCCAUCCGUGCAGCCAGAGCCUGUCUUCACGGUAGACCGAGCCGAGGUGCCACCCCUCUUCUGGAAACCAUACAUCUAUGUGGGCUACCGGCCACUGCAUCAGACCUGGCGCUUCUACUUCCGCACGCUGUUCCAGCAGCACAACGAGGUGGUGAAUGUCUGGACCCACCUGCUGGCCGCCCUGGUGCUGCUGCUGCGGCUGGCCAUCUUUGUGGGGACCGUGGACUUCCGGGGAGACCCCCAUGCCCUGCCGCUCUUCAUUAUUGUCCUCGCCUCCUUCACCUACCUCUCCCUCAGUGCCUUGGCUCACCUCCUACAGGCCAAGUCCGAGUUCUGGCAUUACAGCUUCUUCUUCCUGGACUAUGUAGGUGUAGCCGUGUACCAGUUUGGCAGUGCCCUGGCGCAUUUCUACUAUGCCAUUGAGCCUGCCUGGCACGCCCAAGUGCAGACCAUUUUCCUGCCCAUGGCUGCCUUUCUCGCUUGGCUGUCCUGCACUGGCUCCUGCUACAGCAAGUACAUCCAGAGGCCCGGCUUGCUGGGCCGCACUUGCCAGGAGGUGCCCUCAGCACUGGCCUAUGCGCUGGACAUCAGCCCUGUGGCACACCGCAUCCUGGUGUCCCCCAGCCCUACCCUGGACGACCCUGCUCUUCUCUACCACAAGUGCCAGGUCGUCUUCUUCCUGCUGGCUGCUGCUUUUUUCUCAGCUUUCAUGCCUGAGCGCUGGUUCCCUGGCAGCUGCCACAUGUUUGGGCAGGGCCACCAGGUCUUCCACGUCUUCUUGGUGCUGUGCACGCUGGCUCAGCUGGAGGCUGUGGCGCUGGACUACGAGGCCCGGCGGCCCAUCUAUGAGCCACUGCACACCCGCUGGCCCCACGACUUUGCCGGCCUCUUCCUGCUCACUGUGGGCAGCAGUGUCCUCACGGCAUUCCUCCUGAGCCAGCUGGUACAGCGGAAACUCAAUCGGAAGACCCAGUGAAGCAAGGCAGCCGUUGGUAGGGAGGGAGGGAGAGUGGGAGCUCGUUGGGGGUCUGCGCUUGGCUCUAGAUGGGAACAAGGCCUGGUAAAGUUGUUUGUGUCUGGC